AUGGCUUCACAAAACCCUAAUCAGAGAAAUUCCCUCUAUCCUCAAGUAAUCGACUCUAACCCAGAUGCUCCCUCGCAUCUCCUCAGUCCCAAUCGCUCAUCCUCUCCGAAAACCACCCUCUAUCCUUCCAUUGACUACAACGACCUCGUUGAAAACCUCUUCCCCGAGGAUGCCUCCGCAGCUAGCUUCCCCUCUGCGCCGCAGGAGGCCACUGAGGAGCUCCUCCUCCGGAUCCCCGGCACCAUCCUCAACCUCGUAGAUAAGGACUACAGCGUCGCGCUCGCGUCCGGUGACUUCUCCAUCAUCCGCCUCUGGCAGGGCGACAACGCCGUCGCCACGUACGCGCGCGUCGCCGAAGAGAUCCAAUGGCCUCUGGCGAAGGACGAGACCGCCGUGAAAGUCGACGAUUCGCACUACUUCUUCUCGUUCCGCGUCCCCAAGGGCUCCGAUCCCGAGGAGGAGGAAGAGGAUGUGCUCAGCUACGGGUUAACUAUCGCGUCGAAGGGCCAGGAGGGCCUUCUGAAGGAGCUUGACGCGGUUUUGGAGAGCUGCAGCUGCUUCUCUGUUCAGAGGGUUUCGGAUAAGGCGAAGAAGAAAGGGGAGGCUCUGGAUGAGACGGUGGCGAAGGAGGUUUCGCCCAAGGAUUUGGAGUCGGAGAAGAAGAAGGAGAUGAUGGAAGAGCGGUGCGCUGCGUAUUGGACCACUUUGGCGCCCAAUGUGGAGGAUUACAGUGGAUCUGCUGCGAGGAUGAUCGCUGCAGGGUCUGGACACGUGGUUAAGGGGAUCUUGUGGUGUGGGGAUGUAACUGUGGACAGGUUGAAAUGGGGGAAUCAGGUUAUGAAAAAGAAGAUCACUCCUGGUUCGCAUGCGGAGGUUAGUCCUCAGACCUUGAAGCGGAUUAAAAGGUGGGUUAAUGUUGUUAUUGUCAGUGUCAUUGUGAUUUCUGUGUCUAAAUCUACUUGGGCAGUUGUGGUUAAGAGAGUUACUAAAAUGACAGAGAAAGUAGCAAAUGGUUUCCUCUCGGGGGUCGUGAAAGUGUCCGGAAUUUUCACCAGUUCUGUGGUAAAUUCAAAAGCCGGAAAGAAAUUUUUCAGCUUUCUACCGGGAGAAGUUCUACUUGCAUCGUUGGAUGGAUUCAGUAAAGUGUGUGAUGCUGUUGAAGUAGCUGGAAAAAAUGUCAUGUCAACAUCAGCGACUGUGACAACCGAGCUUGUCGAUCAUAGAUACGGAGAAGAAGCAGCAGAAGCGACGAGUCAAGGAUUUAGUGCUGCUGGUCAUGCUUUAGGUACUGCCUGGGCUGCUUUUAAGAUUAGGAAGGCUAUCAACCCUAAGAGUGUUCUUAAACCUACCGCUCUUGCCAAAGCUGGUGCUAAAGCCGCAGCUGCUGAAUUUAAGGGUAAAAAAUCCAAGUAA